AUGGCUCAACGGGACGUCUGUUGGAAAGAAGAUGAAAUGGGCGAACUUGCUCCUACAUGGACAAGGUCACCAGAUAUCUCUGUCCUCAAAUCCCUUGCAAUGAAGUACCUGCCCGAAGGCUCUUUGCCAGUGGAUCCCUUUUUCAAAACGGAGAGCGAGGUUGCUACCCUCGCAUAUAUCCGCCAACACACAUCAAUCCCUGUGCCCAGGGUACUAACAUACUGCUCAUCAUCGGACAACGAGCUUCGCUUUGAAUGGAUUCUGAUGGAAAAGAUCGGAGGUAUCCCCUUGUCAGAUAUGUGGGACGAGAUGUCUUUUGACACGAAGGCAAGCUUGACGACAGAGGUUUGUGGAUACUUAAGAGUUCUUCAGGAUCUUCAAUUUACCCAAAUUGGAAGUCUAUACUUUUCUUCAGUUCGCGAACAAGUCGAUACUAGAGACUUUGGUGACGACCUGGGAGCUAAACCACCCAAUGCACCAGUCAACUGCAGCAUUGGCACGGACUUUGUGAUUGGCCGUGUUGUUUCUCCUUGGUUUUUCAGAGACAAGCGCCUAUUUCUUUCUGCCGACCGUGGCCCUUUCCCAGCUUCGUAUCAAUUCAUGAUGGCGAAAACGCGGAUGCAGAUCGAGCGGAUCAAACAUCUAUCCGCUCUAUCUACAGAUGACUAUUAUUCUGAGACAGACGAAGUUCUUGCGGUGGAGCAAGAGGACGUUUUGGAUACGUGCUACAGCCUAGAGAAGCUUGUGCCUUAUAUCUUUCCCCCACCAGGUGGACAGCAUGAAGCUAAGUUGCUUUACCAUGAUGAUCUUUCAGCCUCCAACAUCAUGGUGGACCCGGUGACCUAUCGCGUCACUGGUAUAGUCGACUGGGAAUGCGUCUCUAUUCAUCUGGCAUGGGAAGUGACAGAGUAUCCAUUCUUCUUGAGAGGUAUUGACGUGCAAGAGCCGCCACCGCCCCCUGCUUCAGGGAUUAUCGAGCCCGAGCUUCGUGAAAUACGGAAGGACUGGGAGAAAGUCUGCCUGCGACGUCUGUAUAGAUGGACUCUACAUAAUGAUAUUGGAUUGUCACCGGAUAUAAUGCACAAACGGAAGUUUUCCGAUUGCCUAGAGAAUAUUGAGAUGAAUUGGACAGCAUCCGGGCAUUGGGCACGAUGGGUGCUUCAAGAAACUGUGUCAAUGGAGGAGAACCCAGACCAAAAAGACCAGCCCCAAAACUUCAGGCUCAGUGCCACUCUUGACAGCUAA